GUCCGCGCCGCCUCAGUCGCAGCCGAGCGAGCGCCUCGAAGCGCCGUACGCGCCCAAUCCGCCCUCCGCGUACCAUGAACUGACGACGGACGAUCGGUCGCUGGAUCCGCGUCUAUAAAGUGAUAAAGUGAUCAUAAUAAUGGUUUUAUUGUAACGUGCUUCAACAAAGUAAGCGGUAGCGGGCGGUGCGAGGCUGGGCGGCGCGCGCGCGCGAUGCGCUGACGCCAUGUGCGCGCCGAGAUGCGCGCGCGCGCUCUGCCCGCCCGCGCGGCGCGCAUUCUGCUCCUGGCCCUGCUACUUGCCGGGUGCGCCGGCAACCCGGACGCGAAGCGGCUGUACGACGACCUGCUGUCCAACUACAACAAGCUAGUGCGGCCCGUGCUCAAUGUCAGCGACGCGCUCACCGUGCGCAUCAAGCUGAAGCUCAGCCAGCUCAUAGAUGUCAACCUUAAGAAUCAGAUUAUGACUACGAACUUAUGGGUUGAACAGAGCUGGUACGACUACAAGCUAUCAUGGGAGCCGCGCGAGUACGGGGGCGUGGAGAUGCUGCACGUUCCCUCGGACCACAUCUGGCGGCCGGACAUUGUGCUCUACAACAAUGCGGACGGCAACUUCGAAGUGACGCUGGCGACGAAGGCGACGCUCAACUACACUGGGCGCGUGGACUGGCGGCCGCCCGCCAUAUACAAGUCGUCCUGCGAGAUCGACGUAGAAUACUUCCCCUUCGACCAGCAGACCUGCAUCAUGAAGUUCGGCUCGUGGACGUAUGACGGCUUUCAGGUGGACCUGCGUCACAUAGACGAGGCUCGCGGCACGAACGUAGUGGAGCUGGGCGUGGACCUCAGCGAGUUCUACACCUCCGUCGAGUGGGACAUACUAGAGGUGCCGGCUGUUAGAAAUGAGAAGUUUUACACGUGCUGCGACGAACCAUAUCUGGACAUCACGUUCAACAUAACGAUGCGGCGCAAAACUCUCUUCUACACAGUCAACCUCAUCAUCCCCUGCAUGGGUAUCUCGUUCCUAACCGUGCUGGUGUUCUAUCUCCCUUCCGACAGUGGGGAGAAGGUAUCUCUGUCUAUCUCCAUCCUGCUCUCUCUCACUGUGUUCUUCCUACUGCUAGCGGAGAUCAUUCCACCGACGUCGCUCGUUGUACCGCUGCUCGGGAAAUUCGUACUCUUCACGAUGAUUCUUGAUACAUUUAGUAUCUGCGUGACGGUGGUGGUGCUGAACGUGCACUUCCGGUCGCCGCAGACGCACACGAUGGCGCCGUGGGUCCGCCGCGUGUUCAUCCACGUGCUGCCGCGCCUGCUCGUCAUGCGCCGACCGCACUACCGCCUCGACCCGCACCGCAGCCGCUUUGCCGGCAUAGUGAGCAGCGAGGGUUGGUCGCCCGUCGUCAUGCCGAUGGGCGGCAUGGGCGGUAUGGGGGGCAUGGGGGGCAUGGGGUCUACAUCUAUGGGGCACAUGGGGAUGGGCGUGGAGGACAACUCAGUGCCGGAGUCCCCCGCGCCGGGCGCCUGCAGGCUCCACGACGCCCCCGCGCUGUGCGACGCGCUACGCCGCUGGCACCGCUGCCCCGAGAUACAUAAGGCCAUCGAUGGCAUCAACUACAUCGCUGAUCAGACUCGCAAAGAGGAGGACUCGACUAGAGUGAAAGAGGACUGGAAGUACGUGGCGAUGGUGCUGGACCGGCUGUUCCUGUGGAUAUUCACACUGGCGGUGCUGGUGGGCUCCGCCGGCAUCAUCCUGCAGGCGCCCACACUGUACGACGAGCGCGCGCCCAUCGACGUGCGCCUCUCCGAGAUCGCGUACGCCACCGCCAAGCCGCGCCCCCCGCCGCCGCGUUAAUCCGCCACUGGUCAGAAGCCUAAGCAAGAAUAUCUCGAGAGCGGAGAUUUUUGAGUGGCAUAUAGGAUAAAUGCACUGUAUAAGUAUCAUAUUGGUCGGAAUUCGUAGUUGUUAAAUUAAGUAUGCGUGUAAUUGCCGUUUUUGCUUGGACUUCUGUCGUAAGUGGGUUCAAUUAUUGCGUACGUCGCUCCGCCCGGGACCGAAUGUCGGACCGAUAAGUCGUUUCGAUUCAUUAUCGCACAGUUAACAUAUUGUGUAUGUUUGUAGCCGACAAGUCGGACGCCUAUGGUCGGGGUGGCUCAGUGGCAGUACGUAACACGUUCGGGACUCGAACUCCGACCGUCGCCGUUUGCUCGGUCCGUCGCACUGUUUAUAUUAUACAAAAUUAUUGUAAAUAAAAUGAUAUUAAUAGUUUAUACGACGAAGUAAUGAGAUCGAAGAUAAGUCGAAUUUCUUUUGAUAGAGACAAAAUAAAAUCAAUUGUUU